ACCACCUGUUACGGAAACACCCUCAUUUAAACAGCGCACAGGAAGUGUUGCACAUAGGGUUUUAAGUGUCAAGCAGCACCAUCUUUAGCCUUGAGAAGAUUGAUGUGGAAGAUGAGAGACCAGCGUCAUAUGUUCCUGCUCACCUACAUGGUGGCGCUUGCCACCCCUCUUUCUUUGGCUUUCAACAUUGAUGCAAAAAAUCCCGAUGUCUAUGCUGGUGAAAAGAAAGAUUUCUUUGGAUACAAAGUGCUUCAGUUCACGUCUGGCACAGACAAAGGGAUAAUCGUCACUGCGCCGCUGCAGCUCAAUGGAUCUGGAGGAGUAUGCAGACCUUACAAAAACCAAAGCAACCAGUGUUUCAAUGCUGAAGACAUUACUGUGAAAAACGAAACGUUACCAGUGAAGCUCCUCGGCCUGUCGAUCGCCGCAGACUCCACAAGCUCCCAGUUCAUUGUUUGCAGCCCAAGUGUAGCCCAUGAAUGUAAUGACAACUCCUAUCUGAACAGUGUGUGUUACAACAUGACAUAUAGUCUUCAGACAACCUCCAAUUUCACUCCUGCUUUCCAAGAAUGUACCAAAAAGACAGUGGACCUUGUCUUUCUUGUUGAUGGAUCAGGCAGUAUGACCGGAACUGAGUUCAACAAAAAUAAAGAUUUCAUAGUGGAUAUAAUGAAGAGCCUUAAGAACACAUCAAUCAAGUUCUCAGCAGUUCAGUUCUCCUCAAACCACAGGACAGUAUUUGACUUCAACGACUAUCAAGAUGGUAGCGCUCUUGAAAAACUUAGGAAAGAACCCCACAUGGAGGAUCUGACCAACACACAUGGAGCCCUCGAAUUUGUGUUGAAAAAUAUCUUGGAAAACCCAACUGCAGGUGCCUCUCCUGAUGCAAUUAAAGUUCUGGUAAUAAUCACAGAUGGUGAUCCCAGUGACAGAAACGAUGGGACUAUUGAAAAAUAUGAUGAGAAACAGAUCAUUCGCUUUGUCAUUGGGGUCAAGGACGCUAAGUUAGAAAGAUUCACAGACAUUGCUUCAAAACCAGCAGACCAAUAUGCCUUUAAAAUCGAGGACUACAACGGACUGAAAGGAAUACUGGAAAAGUUUCAAAAAAGGAUUUUUAAAAUGGAAGGUUCCAGUGUGGCUCGAGGAGGAGACUUGACGGAGGAAAUGGCUCAGAGUGGAUUCAGUGCUGUCGUCUAUAACAAUACAUUGAUCCUGGGUUCAGUGGGCUCAAAGAGCUGGGGGGGCUCUCUCAGAGAGAUCCAUGAAGGAAAAGAAACACAAAUUGAAGAUCCACCAAUGAAGAAGGACUCCUACAUGGGAUACUCCAUCUCUGUUGGCAAGAGGGACAAUGCUUCUCUAUACUUUGCGGGUGCACCAAGAUUUGAGCACACAGGACAGGUCGUACUUUUCAGACGUGAUGCUGGUAAUUGGGCCGCAGCCCAAACACUAAAUGGUACCCAGAUUGGCUCCUACUUUGGAGCAGAGCUGUGCUCAGUAGAUAUCGACUCAGAUGGUAACACUGACUUCCUGUUGGUGGGAGCUCCCCUGUUCUAUCAGCCCUAUGAGAAGAAAGAAGGCCGGAUCUAUGUCUACAUUCUGUCUGAGAAGAUGCAACUGGAAACUGUACUAAAUGUGACAGCAUCCAUGGGCAGAUUUGGCACCACCAUUUCCAGCCUUGCGGAUCUUAACGGAGACGAACUCCGAGACGUUGCUGUUGGAGCCCCCCUUGAGGAUGAUAACAGAGGGGCUGUGUACAUCUACCUUGGUGACAGACGCAAUGGCAUACACAGCACUUUCAGCCAGAGAAUCAUGGGACAGGAUUUUGGACUUGAGAUGAGAUUCUUCGGACAGGCCAUUGAUGGGGGCAUUGACCUCGGAGAAGACGGACUUCCAGAUAUUUUGAUUGGAUCACAGGGCAUGGCUGUUGUCUUGAGGUCCCGUCCUGUCUUCAACGUCACCGCACAUCUCUCUUUUCUUCCUAAGGAAAUAAGCACUGAGAAGAUUAACUGUGUGGACAAAACAGAUGGUGAUUUACCCAUGGGGACCUUACAAGUCUGCUUUGAAAUGGUAGAAAGCACAAAGAGCAAAGCCGACGUGAUGAGCUCAGGACUGAACAUCUCAUACAUACUUAAUGUGGAUCCAGUGAGACAAACCUACCGAGGUUUCUUUGGAAAUGACAAGAAAGCCAGGAGUCUAACUUCCUCCUGCGAUCUGACGGCUAAUGAAACUUGCUUCAAGCUCCCUGUCAACAUGCCUAAAUGUCUGAAAGACACUUUUUCACCCAUCAUCAUCAAAUUCAACUUUUCCCAAGUCGACAGUGAGAGUGCGAGUGCCGUCCUGAACGUGGACAGCAGAAGGUCGGCUACUGUUGAGGUUCCCUUUGAAAAGCAAUGUGCAAAAAACGACAACUGUGUUGCUGAACUGGAGGUGGAUUUCAACUUCAUGACCCCGGCCUUAUUGGUUGCAGAAGAUAGUUACUUCAACGUGACUGUAAAACUGUCUAAUUAUGGUGAUGACUCAUACAACACCAGCCUCACAAUGCAUUAUCCUCCUGGCCUCUCCUUCUCCAGGAUGACUAUUACAGAGGCGACUAGACCAACGCUCCACAGCUGUCAUGAUCUUGAAGGGGUGCUUGACAAAACUGUGUGCGGCAUCAGCCUUCCUGUGUAUCGCAGCGGAUCUGCUGCAACGUUUAUAACUUCUUUCUACAUCCUAACCGGGUACGAGUGGAACGACACAAUCCUGAUGACCGUUACUGGAAGAAGUGAUAACGCAAACAUCACCGAGAACAAUACCCUGACCAAAAGCAUCCCAGUGCAAUUUGAAAUUAAAAUGGGACUAACAGUGAAAGAAGGCAGCACCACAUAUCUGAACUUUACAGCAGAAGAGGCUGCACCUAAAAAAAUUGAGAUCAUAUACAAGAUUGAUAAUCCAGGUUUUAAGGCUUUUCCUGUCAACGUGUCUCUGUUCUUCCCAACGCAACUGGAACAUAACUUUGAAAUGAAGGAUUAUCAAGUGUCUGUCCAGCAGAACAAAACUCAAUGCAGAAUCCCUGAUCUCAAAACUGAUCACUGCUCGCCAGGAGAACCUUGGAAAAUCAUUGCAUGUGACACCUUCAUCCUGGACAAGGAGUCAUCUACUGAGUUCACAUUUUCAGGAGAAGCACAUUUUCGGGAUCUCAAAAAGCAUGCCGAGAAUAUUGCCUUUCUGAAACGAUACACCAGAGACAGCGGGGAGGUGAAAUUCAAAAGCUCCAUAGGUGUUGAAUUUGACGGGCGACAAUACGUGCUGGUUUCUCGUAAACAAGAGAGAAACGAUGGAUUCAUGGAGACGUCUCAUAAAACUUGCUCAUGGAAAGACAACGAUCCAACCAUGAAAUGGAGUGAAGUUCGGGUUGAGUUCACAAUUCUCCCCAAUCGACUGCUGAUCAUCUUUACUGGAGUUGGAUUGGGUUUGUUGUUUCUCAUCAUAACCACAAUCAUCAUGUGGAAGCUUGGUUGCUUCAAGAGGAAGACGUUUUAUGAAGAAGAGGAGUCAGAUGCUGUUCUUCAGGCUGACAGUUCCAAUGAGUUUGCCUUUGACCCCAUAGUAGUCAGCCAAUUAGAGACUGAGGGCAAAUCUGACAAACCAUCAGAGGAGAAAUCGCUGCUUGUUGAUGAGGUGGCCAAAGGCGGCAUCGCAGCAGCUGAUGAAGAGGAGGGACUAGAGUAUAAAAAGUAAUUUACAUGCAUGAGCGUGGGCUGACAAAUGCCUGAACUCUGAAGGGUGCAGCAGGCACAUCAUUAUUAGUGAGCAAAAUUACUAAAGGGACAGCUUGUAAUUUUUGCAAAUAGUCUUAUUUGCUUCCAAGCUGAGAGUAAAAGAAGAUACCACUCCAAAUAUGAAGCUGGAGCCACAAGAUGGAGAGAUUUGAUUUGCAUAUAGAUAAGACACAAAGGGAAGUGGUAGCUUGGCUCUGUUCAAUGUAGCAACAUCUAAUAAACCAAGUGCAUUUUUUAUCCAUACAGUCCAAAUAUUACAAAUUUGCCUCAAGGGUCUUUACAGAUGUUCAACAAAAUGACACCUUCUGUCCUUAGAGACUCAAACUGAAUAAAUAAAAAAGAAGAAAUGAAGGAAACCCGAAGAAGAGGAACUGAGGAGGGGUCACUCCUACAGGACAGACUGACAUGCAGUAGAUGUCAUGUGAACAGAGUAGAUCUACGUUGCAGUCUUACAGUAUGGACGAACAGCAUGGUCAAAAUAUAGAUUGUAAAUAUACAGGGAGAAUAUGAUGCGAGAGGAUGUUGACACAUCCAUAAAGUGGGACCUGGGCCACACGACCUGGAGUGGGGACAGACAAUCCAAAAACAGGAGGGCAAGCACAUCCUGAACACAUAACCUCCAGCUCCCAGCUAUUCCAGCUCACUUCGCUCAGUCGCCACGGUGAUACCUACAUAUGGGACCUUGGUCACGUGGUAAGCGGUGCUCCUAAAGAGCGGAUCCCCACAGAGAAGACAACCAACAUCACAUCAACUUUGAGGAGCUCUAUGACGCUGAACAGGAAACUGAUCAAACACCAGAAGCAUCAGAUAUCAGACUGUUGACAGAAAACCCUCCAUACAUGACAGACCUGUUAUCACAUUACUGACGUCCCAUCCCUGCAGUAGGUCGCAUGAUGGCAACUGUGCAAAAGAAACGCUUUUUUUGAGUUUUUUGGUCAAAUCAUUAAAUGUUUUUGGAGCAUUGUUAUUCCAUGAAAUACCAUGGUUGUGUUAUAUCAGGCACAACAAAGUUAAGUGAAAACUUAACAAGUUUAAUUUCCAGGUAGCCUGGUCACAUGAUCCCUGUGUCCGGCCUAGGGUGCCAUCUCUACUAAUGUUUAUUUACACUGUAAAAUACUGUAACAUUAAUACUAGUCAGCCUUUACCUAUUGGUGAUCUUUGUCACAGGUUUUAUCUCCUUGUUUAUGCAAUGUUGUGCCAUAAUUUUGUUAUGUUUUUAUGCUUUUUCCGUAAAAAAAUUAAAGUGAGAGAAAAAGAA